AGAGCAAUCUGCCGAACGCAACGGAUUCCCCCUGCCAGAGCGACGACCUUCACCGCCACGCGAUCGCAAGGGCUCGGGCUCGACAUUGAAUGCGGACGCUUGCUUCUUGUGGCUUGAUGAUCUGCCAGCCUAUGUCACGCGCGAGCAUGUCGUGGCCGAAGCUAACGCGGCUGGCUGCCCUGUCACGUAUGCCAGAGUCGUCUACAGAGACAAAUUGUCCGUGGCGUGAGUGCGCGCUCGGCUUGAGCGGCAAUGCACCAAUUCGGCUCACUCGGUGCACGUACACUCUCCAGCCAACUCGCGUACGAAUCGCUCGAGCAACAACGCCAUGCGUUUCACGCCCUCAAUGGCAGACUCGGGCUCGGAAUGAGACUGCGCCCUGCGAUUCGUCACCCUCGAUGGUUGCCUGACGAACGUGCUGGAGCGGAGCUAGCGUGGACAGCCGAGCCCGUUCGUCGAGACUCGAGGCCAGUCACCGAUCAUACUACGAGCAAGGAAAGAACUCGCUCUCCCGUCAAGCAAAGCCGCGGUGCAGAGCUCAAGAGCUCGACUUCGGGUGCACAGCGCCGUCGUGCCUCGCGCCAGCAAGCAGAAGAGCGCUUCGCUGCAAAACGCAAGCGGCUACAGCAAGCUCUGGCCGAUUUGGACAGGGAAGAGCGCCGUAGCAAGCGAAGUAGCAGGUCUAAGCGCGAGUCCAUCUCGCCGCCAUCGAAGAAGAGCAGGUCCAGCGGCAAGUCCAAACGUGAGCCUCCAUCGUCACCCAAAAGGACAAGCAAGCGAAAUGAGGGCUCCAAGCGAGAGCAUUUGUCCUCGCACAGGCCUGCGAGUAGAAGAAGCAGUCGUUCUGAUCGAGAGCCUGAAAAUGCUGGCAAAUCGGCCCGCGCACGUUUGUCAGGCCGUGUCACACCGCCCAUGGAUCGUGUCAAGCGACACAUGCCCCCUGAGCAGGCUGUCGCCCAGGAAGACUCUCUCACUAUGGCACGCAUCAGUCAGAGUCAAAAGCGCCCGUUGGUAGGCGUCACACCUGAGCGCGCCUUGCCACCCAGCGAGGUGGCUCCUUGGCUGGAUCGCACAACCUGGGCCAUGUCUACCAGGGCGGUGGGCACUGGCAGCAAUACCUUUGCGCUGGCGGCGCACCGAAAUGGGCACUGGAGCUUUCCUUCGCCAUCAGACGCUGCACAUGCUGAGUCGCAAAGCUCGGAAGUUUACGCGAUGGGUGGUGGUCAGCCUCUAGGUGACGCGAGUGUGAAUGUCUCCCCGAGCAGAAGAAUGCCGGUCUUUAGCCCUGCACCGCCAGAGCCGGGUGUGCCCAGCGUGGUGCCGACUGGCCUUGUCUCUGCAGCAGAGGAUGACGAUGCGCCCUCGAGUAACUUUCCAAAUGGCACCGCAGAAAGUGACUCUUGCCCCUCGCUUCGCCACCCUACGCUCGACAGCGACGCGCGCGCUGCCUUUGACUUUCCAGCUGGACCCGACAGUCAGACGGAGGGUCACGCGAGUCAAGUCCUUUGCACCUCUGCCAACUCGAGUCGCGCUCUUCGCAAAGAUUUUGCCAUCGCCGGACAGUCCCGCACAGGCAAAGCACUCUAUGUGCGCUUUGCCUGACCACACGCUUCCCACAACUUAGCGCAUAGACCACACCAGCUCUUCGCUCGCCUCACAGCUAGUAUCUGAACGUGAAACCUGAGAA